CUCCCUCUUUCUCGCAAUGGCAUCCCUCCUCCUGGGAGCCUCCUCGCUCUUGGCCGUAUUGACUGCUCCAGCCGCGAACGCGCAGUUCGUGACUCCUCCCACCGAUCUUACAGAUUCGAAAGGCUAUUUGGACAUUCCUGUACGAUUCAAAGAAGUGCCAGAGGGCAUCUGUGAGCUCACUCCAGGCGUCAAGAGUUAUUCGGGCUAUGUCGAUGUGUUCGAAGACCAGCACGUCUUUUUUUGGUUCUUCGAAAGCCGGCAAAAAGAUCCGGAAAAUGCUCCUCUAACAGUGUGGAUUAAUGGUGGACCUGGCUCCUCCUCGAUGAUCGGGCUUUUUCAAGAACUGGGCCCAUGUGGCGUGGAUGCGAAUGGGGAUGUUUACAACAACCCCUACGCUUGGAACAAUGCUUCAAACAUGCUCUUCAUCGAUCACCCUGCUCAGGUGGGCUUCAGCUAUUCGACCCCGAUUCCGGGAUAUCAGACAUCUUCCGACAUUAUUCAACUGCCCAGCGCAGAAUGCCCAGACUAUGCUGCAGGCACCUGUGGAACCUACAGCUAUCCGAACCAGACGGACACUGCCAACUCCACAAUCAAUGCCGCUCCUAGCAUGUGGAGAACGCUUCAGGGGUUCAUGGGCGCAUUUCCUCAGUAUUCCAGGAACGAGUUCAACUUUGCUACAGAGAGUUACGGAGGCCACUAUGCUCCCAUUUUCAACUCCUACAUCGAGUCUCAGAAUGCUCUCAUCAAGGACGAAAAACUGCCGGGAGCACACCACAUCGAUCUUACUACUGUGCUGAUAGGAAAUGGUUGGUAUGAUCCAUUGACGCAGUACGAAGCCUACUACAACUACUCGGUAUACCCUGGGAACACAUACGAUUAUGAUCCAUACAAUCAGUCCAUCAAGGAUCAAGUGUACAACUCGAUGUAUGGAACGGGGAACUGCUACGACCAGACUGUUGAUUGCAAUACGAGAGGAAUCAAUGAGAUUUGCACUGCGGCAGACAACUUUUGUGCCACGGAAGUUGAGUUUGUCUUGGACUCAGUCACUGGCCGAGACGAAUACGACAUUCGCGAACUCACACCUGAUCCAUUCCCAUAUGCAUUCUACGUCGACUACCUGAACACUCCCAAAGUUCAGCAGGCCAUUGGUGCCUAUGUCAACUUCAGUGAAUCAAACUCUGCAGUCAGCAACGCCUUUGGUAGUACUGGGGACGACGACAGGGAGGAAGGCACAAUCGAAGCAGUCCGCAAAUUGGUCAACAAUGGGAUUUACGUUGUCCAGUAUUAUGGAGAUGCGGAUUACAACUGCAACUGGCUAGGUGGUCAAGCGGUCUCGAAAUUGAUCGAUGCGCCCGGGUUCACGUCUGCUGGAUACGAGAACUUCACAACCUCGGAUGGAAUCGUACACGGUCAGGUCAAGCAGUCCAAUAACUUUGCAUUCGUGCGAGUCUAUGAAUCUGGGCACGAGGUGCCAUUCUACCAGCCUGUCCUAUCACUUGAGAUGUUUGAGCGGGCGAUCGAUGGCAAGGAUAUUGCAAGCGGCACAGAGAGCUGCUUCGAAGCGUACAAGACAGUGGGCACAGCUGAGAGCACAUACCGAGAGGGCAACAGAACGGUACAGUUCACCGUACUGCCCAUCGAUUCGACAUACAAUACUACGACAGACGCCCCCAACUUUGUCAAUGGCACCAGCAGUGCUAUUUCAGCUAGAAGGUCAGUAAACAUGAAGAGAACAGGUUCCAGAAAGAGGGCUUUUAAGCCCUCGUUUCAGAGCAGGAAUCAAAGGAGGUGAACAGUCACACUCAGGACUUGAUAUGGCAGUCUAUAUGUACAGCAUAGCAUGAGAAUGAGCAUGAGCAUGA